AUGUCUAAAGCACCUCCUCCUGACUACCAGGAUGAACUAUAUGAUCAACGGUCACCACAGAAGAAACGUGUAUUGAGUGAUAUAAACAAUACAUACUCGAACCCACCUAAGAAAAGGGCUGACAAUAAGAGACAUUCACUAGACUUCGAUAUGGCUAGAAUUGAUUUACCAUCUGAUAUUGAGACACAUACAUUCAAAACUCAUAUACCACCAGCGCCUGCAGCUUCCCUGUUUGCGUUGAAGAACAUUGCAGAAAAAAACAGAAAAUCUAGUAACAUUCCUGCUCCGGCCAAUCCAACAAAGUCUGACUUGAACUUUCAACAUAUCAACAAGCUUAUAGGUAUAAAUCAGAACUUAUCCAAGAAACCACAACCAGAUGUUACAUACGGUACCAAGCCAACGCUACGAACCAGGUUGAGCAAUGUUGAGCAGUCAUUUACAAGAGAUAUAACAAGGCAAAGUGAAAUUAACCAUGAGUUGGAUGCUCAAGUCAAGCAAUCAGCGUCGAAGGUUGACGAGUUGGAAUAUGAGUUAUUGGACCUAAAAAGAUCUCUGAAAAAGCUCAACCAUAGAUUAUUAGAUUUAAAACUGACAAUAAACUCGCAGAAGAAGAAAUUUGAGUUCAUGGAGGAUUCGGUUAUGAAGAAUGUAUUGCAUAAAGAACAGCUUAUCAACGUUCAAAUAAAGGACUUAUCGAACAAGCUCACAACAGAAUACAAUGAAAUUAAAUUCCAAUUACAGGAUGAAUUGGCGAAGGCAAAAUCUUAUAAGGAUAAGGGAGCGAUAGAAGAAAUACAUAGUUUGAAUUCCAAGAUCGAACAGCUUCAAAACCAACUCGAAGAAACAAAAUCCAGAAAAAUACAAACGCUAAAAAGUGAAACUAGCGAACUCGAAAAGCAGCUAGAGAAAUACUUGCUGGCUAAAAUUGAAGAGGCUGAUAAGUUGACCGCUAUUUAUCAAGACAAACAGUCGGAAUACGAAAAGAUAUCAGGAAAGGUAGCAGAGAAAAAAAAUCAAAUUCUGUUAAAGGAGAAUGAGAAUAAUUCUGUAAGAGAUUCCAUAAGUACACUUGAAUCGAACAUGAAUAACUUUUCUGCUAUGAGAUCGUCAUUAUUAUCAGAUUUACAUAUAGAGGAAUGUGCUUUAAUUGACUUGGAAUCGAAAAACAAAGAAUGGGAUGAAAGCUUAGCUAAAUCUCAGAUGAUUUAUGAAAAAGCAUACGAUAAAAUCAAGAAACACAACCAACAAAGGAGGAUUAUUGAAAAUUCAAUAAUGGAUUAUAAAGGGAAGAUACGGGUUUACACAAAAGUACCACAUAAUAUAAGUUUUAAUAGUGAACAAGAAAUCCAAUUUGAGAACCAAUUUUUCAAGUUCAACAAAUGCUUUAGUUCUGAUGCGUCGAACGGCGAUAUCUUCGACGAAUUUAGAGCACUUAUAAACAGUUCAAUUUUGGGAUCUAACUGUUCUGUAAUAUUUUCUGGUAAUGUGACAAAUAACCUUAUUGUUGACUCCAUUACCUCAAGUUAUAAAAGUAUUGUUGAAAAGUCAGAAAAAUUUCGAGAGAAAUCAUGGGAGUUCAAUUACUAUUUAAAGUGUGUUGCAGUCGGUCAGAAUUCAUCUGAUAUGUUGAAUUCUUCGAGUCCCUUAAAUCUAAGAAAUUUUGAUCAGAGCGAUUACAGUCUUAGUCAAAUAUCUAGCCAGAAAAUGUCACUUGAUGAUGCAUCAAGUCUAGGAAAAGUUAUAAAAAGCUUACUGAUACCAGAAGGGGUAGAAGGUAUCGCAUACAUAAUAAAUGUUGAUGCCAUUAAUUCCCGUUUAUUAAAAAGUUUUGAAUCUAAUAUUAUGUUAUUAGAUAUCACAAAUAUAAAGUCAUCUAGGCAAUAUGAAUUAUUACAUACCCCAAUUGUGUCUGGUUCUAUAAUAUCAGAAGAUUUAGUACUUCUACUAAAUUACGCUUACUUACAAAGCAAAUGUUUACAUAUGUCUGUUCUUGAUGCUGUACCGGAAACUGAAAUAGGGCAUUUUUUGAAAAAUUUGGAGAUUAUGUACUCUACUGAUUCACCCUAUAAACGGAAAAGUUGA